GCUAAUUUUCAAAUAACUGUGCUGCUCCUCCUCGAUUGUUCAAAAAUGGGUCGAGGAAUGGCAAACCCGUUAAACGAAGUCCUUCUGGGCUUCCGUAGUGGCCCAACAUCUGCCUUUUGGCGCCUGCUCCGUAGGUUCACUUUACAGCGCUGUAAACCGGAGAGAAAGAAGCUGCCAACCGCGUGGUAGAAAGGUAUCAUUCACGCCAUUCUCGUGAUAUUUAGGGUAUGUAUUCAGACUCGCAGAGAGGGAAAAUGGGCAAGAAGCAGAACACGAGGACUAAAAAAGACACGCAAGUGACCCAGGAAGAGCCUGAAGAAUUUGUUGUGGAAAAAGUCCUCGACCAGCGAAUUGUGAAUGGGAAAGUAGAGUUCUUCCUGAAGUGGAAGGGAUUUACAGAUGCUGACAACACAUGGGAGCCAGAGGAGAACCUGGACUGUCCCGAGCUGAUCUCAGCUUUUCUGGAAGCGCAGAAAAACGUCAAGGAGAAGCCCGCCCCCGUGAAGAGGAAGGCCUCCACAGAGGAGCCAGAAACGGAACCCAAGAAGAAAGAUGUGGCUGAGAAACCACGCGGCUUUGCCAGGAACCUGGAACCCGAGCGAAUCAUUGGUGCCACAGACAGCAGCGGGGAGCUGAUGUUCUUGAUGAAGUGGAAAGACUCGGAUGAAGCGGACUUGGUCCCCGCCAAGGAGGCCAACACUCGCUGCCCUCAGGUGGUCAUUUCCUUCUAUGAGGAGAGACUGACAUGGCAUUCCUGUCCAGAAGACGAAGCUCAGUAAUUCUUCCCGCUGACCCUUUGCAUUGCCUAGAUCCUCAGGACUGGAUUUUCUCUUCUGGCCUUUGUUGUAGUUUUUUUCUUUUGUUUUUCAGGAUGUUUCUACACCUGCAUUGCAUGACAGUAAUGGGAAGCUUUGUUGUACAUAGUAGCUAAACAGACUGUUCAAGCUAAAAAAACAGUGAUGUUGUAGUGCAUCAAGACAUUAGUCGUCCUCUAUCGCGUUGCGGUUAUUCUGUUUUAUCCAUACUUGUUGUCAUAAAAUGUGUUAAGCUGUCAGCCAACUUUUUUUCUUUUAUUUUUCACAAACCCAUGCUUUGUUUUUCUCCCUCACGAAAAAGUGUUUUAUCCCAAUAUUAAACUUUGUUUACUGUCUGUAAAUAAACUUUCAAGUUCUAAUAAAGGUUUUAUGUGGCCCAAA